UUGGUUAAUGUCCGCCAUGUUUGCCAUGGCGCAGGGAGCGGAUCGAGCGAGCCCGGAGCGGAUCUAGGGCUGCGGGGCGUGCGCUGUGAGCUACGGGCGGCCCCGCGGAGAGCUGUUCCGGGGCGGCGGGACCCUCCAUGGUGGUGCGGGCCGGGUGCGGGAGCGGCUGGGAGGCGGCGGCGAGGCCGCACUGAAGGCCCCCCCCGCCCGCCCGGCCCCGGGGUGUUAUUGUGAGGGGGAGACAAUGAGCAAACUCUCCUUCCGAGCCCGGGCGCUAGACGCCGCCAAACCGCUGCCCAUCUACCGCGGCAAGGACAUGCCCGACCUCAACGACUGCGUCUCCAUCAACCGGGCUGUGCCGCAGAUGCCCACGGGGAUGGAGAAAGAGGAGGAAUCGGAACAUCAUUUGCAACGGGCUAUCUCAGCACAACAAGUUUUCAGAGAAAAGAAAGAGAGCAUGGUUAUCCCAGUUCCUGAAGCGGAGAGCAAUGUCAACUAUUACAAUCGUUUGUAUAAAGGAGAGUUUAAGCAACCAAAGCAGUUCAUUCACAUUCAACCCUUUAAUCUGGACAAUGAACAGCCAGAUUAUGAUAUGGACUCUGAGGAUGAAACCUUACUGAACAGACUAAAUCGGAAGAUGGAAAUCAAGCCGCUGCAGUUUGAAAUAAUGGUUGACAGGCUUGAAAAAGCCAGUUCUAGUCAGCUUGUAACACUUCAGGAAGCUAAAUUGCUGCUAAAUGAGGAUGACUACCUUAUUAAGGCUGUAUAUGACUACUGGGUGAGAAAGCGUAAGAAUUGCAGAGGGCCAUCUCUCAUCCCCCAAAUCAAACAAGAGAAGAGGGAUGGCUCCACCAACAAUGACCCUUAUGUUGCCUUCCGGAGGAGAACUGAGAAGAUGCAGACGAGAAAGAAUCGAAAGAAUGAUGAAGCGUCUUAUGAGAAGAUGUUGAAAUUAAGAAGAGAGUUUAGCAGAGCCAUAACAAUUUUGGAGAUGAUUAAGAGAAGAGAGAAAACAAAGCGCGAGCUAUUGCAUUUAACGUUAGAAGUUGUUGAGAAAAGGUACCAUUUGGGUGAUUAUGGAGGUGAAAUCCUCAAUGAAGUGAAGCUUAAUAGACCUGAAAAAGAGAUGAGCACAGCUUCGUCUGCUCUUCAUAAUGGAAAUCAUCACAAAGUUCAAGAAUGUAAAGUUAAGCAUCCUCAUCAUUCAUCUCUAAAGGAGGAGGUGUCAGAUGUUGUACGUCAAAAGAAGAAGUAUCUAAAGAAGCCUAAAAUAGAGUGUGUAGUAACUCCUCAGCAGCCCUCUGCUGAGCCCUUGCCUGUUAUCAGCAAGAGCGAUAUUAAACAGUAUGACUUCCAUAGCUCAGAUGAAGAUGAGUUCCCACAGGUACCCUCGCCAGCAUCAGAAGCAGAAGAAGAAAAUGAUCCUGAUGGACCUUGUGCUUUCAGGAGAAGAGCAGGAUGCCAGUAUUAUGCUCCUCGUUUGGACCAAACUAAUUCUUCAUAUGAAAACUCAGAAUUGGCAGAAUUGGACAAACUGAGGUUCAGGCAUUGCCUUACAACCCUUACAAUUCCAAGAAGAUGUAUAGGAUUUGCAAGAAGACGAAUUGGCAGGGGUGGAAGGGUUAUAAUGGACCGAAUAUCCACAGAACACGAUCCUGUCUUGAGGCAGAUUGACCCAGAAAUGCUGAACAGUUUUUCAAGCUCUUCCCAGACUUUAGACUUUUCUUCUAAUUUUUCACGGACCAAUGCUUCCAAUAAACAUUGUGAAAACAGACUGUCCCUUUCUGAAAUACUAAGCAAUAUCAGAUCAUGUCGACUGCAGUGUUUUCAGCCAAGGCUACUAAAUCCACAGGACAGUGAUAGCGAAGAAUGUACCUCACGGAAACCAGGGCAGACUGUGAAUAAUAAGAGAGUCUCUGCAGCAUCUGUAGCUUUAUUGAACACCAGCAAGAAUGGCAUAUCAGUAACAGGGGGUAUCACAGAGGAACAAUUUCAGACACAUCAACAGCAGUUAGUUCAAAUGCAGAGGCAACAACUUGCUCAGCUUCAGCAGAAACAGCAAUCUCAGCAUUCCUCACAACAGACACAUCCGAAAGCACAGGGCUCCAGCACCUCUGACUGCAUGUCAAAAACACUUGAUUCAGCCAGUGCCCACUUUGCUGCAUCUGCAGUGGUUAGUGCACCUGCUCCUGGUCGCACUGAGGUAACGAAGGAACAAAACACCAGCCACAACAAUAUCAAUGGUGUUGUCCAGCCUUCAGGAACCUCUAGAACUUUGUACUCCACCAACAUGGCUUUAUCAUCCAGCCCAGGGAUUUCAACUGUACAGCUUGUAAGGACAGUUGGCCACACCACCACAAACCACUUAAUUCCAGCAUUGUGCACAAGCAGCCCUCAGACGCUUCCCAUGAACAAUUCUUGCCUGACGAACGCAGUGCACCUCAACAAUGUCAGUGUUGUUUCUCCAGUCAAUGUGCAUAUCAAUACAAGGACUUCAGCACCAUCGCCAACAGCCUUAAAACUUGCCACAGUUGCUGCCAGUAUGGACAGAGUGCCAAAGGUAACUCCUAGCAGUGCCAUCAGCAGUAUAGCAAGAGAGAACCAUGAACCAGAACGACUGGGUUUAAAUGGCAUAGCAGAGACAACAGUAGCAAUGGAAGUGACAUAACCUCAACCAGUGGCUCAACCUGUGCUAAUGGUGUAGUCAUUUAUAUUCCAACUGAAUGCAAAAUACAGCGCUCUGUGGAUCACAGAGAACUAAAAUGGACCUAAAUGGACUAUCAUUAUAUCGUGUAUUAAGUCGAUAUAUAAUGUAAAUUUUGUAAAAUUGGGAAAAUCACUACCUUGUAAAAUAGUUUAUUUGUAUCAUCAAUAUUAUUUCUGUUACUUGAAUAGUAGAUAUUCAUCAUCAUGCUUUUGCACUUGAAUUUGCAACUGAAUGGAUUAAAAAAUAAUUCUUUAAUGGGAUCAUGAGCAUGAAAUGGGAUCCUGCAUCACUUGUUUUAACUAUUUAUUUUGCCAUGUUUACAUUUUGUAUCUUGUACAAAUAAAUCCAACUUUGUGUCUAAAAAAAAA